GCUCAGUGGUUUUGCCGCCUGCUGCGCAAGCGCAAGGACCCGAGUUCAAACCCCAGUACCAAAAACCAAAAAACUAUGAAAUUUAUUAGAAACCAGGAUUUUAUUUUUCUCCAAUGAUAGGGAUGGAAAGGGGUUGAACUUGCUCUAGUAGCAGCUGUGGGAUUAGAGGUUUGUGCCACCACACCUGGCUGUCACCCAGUUUCGCUCCUGGUGUCCGCUUUGUCAGGUACCUACUGUGUUUGCUGAAUGGAUGAGUUAAAGGAUGAAGGACUCCAUGAAUGAAAGAGCAGGGCCCACGCUUGCUUGCCCUGGACCUUUGGAGAACAGCCCGGCCCAUGGCGGUUCCCUUCACCCUCCCAGUCAGUUCUUACGGCCUGACUCAUUCCAAAAGCAAGACAAGGCAUCCAAAUGUCUUCCUCUUCUAACCAUCCUUUGGGCCUCCUGGGUUCUCUGCCUCUCCUGAAUCCUCCCCGCAGAGUGGUCCAGCUUCCCCUACCUACAGGCUGGGCCUUCCCCAGCUGCCCUGCCCUGGCGGGGGAGGAAUGAAGGUGUGCCCACUAAUCGAUUUGCAAUCACAGCAGCAGCACAGCGAGGUCCCUCCCAGCUGGGGUAGAGACUGCUGACCCAUGCUACAGAGGGUAAAACCGAGGCCCGGGGCCUUGUCACUUCCUAAGGCAGUGACAGACGUGAAACUAACCAGCACCUGAGCCCCUGUUCCUCAGGCCGCAGGUAGAGGCACCCUUGCCCUGUAUCUGGGAGUCAGGGAGCUGGGACUCCGGGUGAGCCAGGUGUGGAGGCUGCAGGAGGUCAGAAAAGUGUGUAGCUCGGGAAAGCCUUUUUCUCUGCAGCACUGAAGCAGUUGGUGCUAGCUAAUCCAAGAGGGUUUUUUUGGUUUUGUUUUUAGCAUUACUACAUGUCCCAGGUGAGGCACAGGUGGAGAGGGGGUGUCAUCCGAAGGUGACAGAGACACAGCCUCCCAGAGUACUGCAGUUACACAUUCGCAACCACCACGCCCAGUGUGAACCCAGUCACUUGACCGAGGAGGGAACUGCGGUGUUAAGAGGGGACAUGAGACUUUCAAAAGGCUAAACAGUGAGCUCACAGCAGUGUCACAGCUUCUAGAACCUCCUAGGCUGUCAUUCAGGGUGCUACCUUAGCCUGCCCCUUACCCAUCUGGUGCCCUGGUUCUGUUCUGGGCUUGGGUUCCAUCCUCCUCUCUCCUGUGUCCAUCUGAUCCCUGCUUUCUGUGGUCCGGCUGUGCCUCUCCAUCUUUCCCAGGCAGCCAGGAUAAUUCCUAAGAUGCUUCUUUUGGGUUUUUGAGACACGGCCUUGCUGUGAAGUCCAGGGUGACCUGGAACCCUCAUCCACUCUCCUGCCUCAGCCUCUGAAGUGCUGGGAUUACAGGCUUCCCCUUAAUCCUUGCCCUAACCGUUAGGUCUGGCAGGAGAGAAAGGAGCUCGGAAGCUGUCUCUGCAUUUCAGGGAGAGGAGCAGAGAACCAGCGUGGGCAGGGCCUGCUGGAACUCGGGCGCGCAGACAGCAAGACUCUGCUUGGUCCUGUCAGUCUUGUGAGCUCCGUGGUCCUAGAGGCGAAUGGCCUCUGCGUCCCAGCGGCAACCUCACACCAGCUAUGACGCCUUUCCAGGUUCCCUCAAGCCAGGUUUGGAACCUCUGGAGGACCGGACACAGCCCUCGGGCGCGCAGGGUGAUGACAUCAUCCUCAGCCACACAGUGGGACCCAUGCGGGACAGGAGCCCCUCCCCCCCUUUUGGUUUGGUACCAGGGAUCGAACUCGGGGUCCUUGCGCUUGCUGGACAGGCAGUGGAACCACUGAGCUAAAUCCCCAGCCCUUCAUUUUAUUUUUGAGAGAUAGUCUCACUAAGUUCCUAAGUUGUCCAGGCAAGACUUCAACUUGUGAUCCUCCUGCCUCAGCCUCCCAGAGUACUGGGAUGACAGGCAUGUGCCACCAUGCUCAGCUGAUUAACCCCUUUUCCAGCUGUGAAAACUAAGGCUCAGACAGGAGCUGGGCUGGGCGUUGCCAAAAUCUCCCCAGGGAGGAAGCCUCGGGGCUGGAUGCGGAGCCUGAGGCUUCCGUCUGCUUCCGAAGCUCAGGCUCUUUCUGACCCCGUGCCCCCAGGAGGUCACCUGUCCGGGAGCCCCCAGCAGUGAGGCCCAGUAUCUCUGAGGUGAGAGGGUCUCCCCGGUCCUCCUACCUCCGCCAGUUGAGUGCUGAGGUUAAGAAACUGGAGCAGGAUCACAGCGUGAUUAGUUGUUUAUUCAUGAACUGAUUAAGGCGGCUACAUUGUUUCCCAAACGGGCCUCUAAUUUGCGGGGGAAACAGCUGUGGAGGCGGCAGCCAGUGCAGCUCCUGCGCCUGGGUGCUGGUGGCCACCUGCAGGGGACCCUGAGGACCAGGAGCAGCCCCUCCCGGUCCCCACCUUGGGCUCCCUGUCCCCUCCCUGACUUGGUUCUUGGAAGGGACCAGCAUCCGUCCCCGGCGGGACUGGCAGUGUAUUAAACUCUGGGGUUCCUCAGCUGAUUUAUCUUCCUAAUUAUGUUUGCUUUUGGCGGAUGUUGAAAUUAGUCCUCAUUCCCUGAGUGCAAUGGCAGGGAAGGGAGGGUGGGGAGCAGAGGGUGCAAAUGCCCUGUGAUGUGGAGGCCUCAGACCUGAGCGGGCUGUGUGCUGGGACAUCCAAAAUGGAGAAGAAACUGAUGUGGUGGCGCACACCUAUGAUCUCAGCACCCCAGAGACUGAGGCAGGAGGAUCUCCGUGAGUUCAAGGCCAGCCUGAACUACAUAGCAGGAUUCUGCCUCAAAAAACCCACGCAAAACAAAUCUGGCCACUUCACUGUCUGCCUGAAGUCCUUAGUGGCUCCUCCCAUCCCCAGAAUGAGGCCCGUUGCCAUCCUGGGCCCUGCAGGGCCCCUCUGGGUUCCCUGCCAUGGAGCCCACCACACGGAGCUCAUUCUCAUGCCCUGUGCCACACCCGCCGGACCUUGUGCCCAGAGUGUCUUUCCUAACCACGCCCUGCCCACCAAACUCCUCUUCAACUGUCAGGACCCUCCCACAGGUGUGGGUACGAAGGCCUCUCAGCCCAGACACCCUCACACCGGGCACCUCUCCGCCUCCAAGCCGGCGUGUGGCAUGCAGGGCACAGCAUGGGCGGCCCAGUGGGGUCCCAGGAUGGAGUGUGAGGUCUGGGAGAACCAGCUACAGCUGGGGUGGGGAGGGAGGCCCAGCUCGGUUCCAGUUCCGGGGACUAAGUCAAGGAAAAGAGGCCAGUGGGGCGGAAGCCAGGGAGGGAAACAGGACAAUCCGAGCCCAACUCCGGGCACAGGGGCCACACUGUCCUCCUAUUGUCCCUUGCUCUCCUCCUCCAGGGUGCAGCUGAUGCUGCCGACCACGCAGGAGCCGAGGAUCCAGCUCCUGACUGCUUGGGAGACUCAGGCCCACGUGGGAUCUGCUUCUGGGAUGCAUCCUGGUCCCCACCACCUAGUGACUCCAACCCCUCCGGCCAAGCACAGGAGGACCCCCAAGGCCAAGGCCUGUCCACCUCACUGGCCAGAGUGAAGCGUCCCAGGACCUGGCACGCC